AUGAAUGACGACUUCAGGGAAAAGGUGGUGGAUUUGAUCGGGUCUUACCAAUAUGAAGACAAUCAGCCUGGAGAUAAUGAUGCUUUUGCCAGAGAACCGUAUGUUCUGCGAUUCAGAUCUCAUACAACAGAGCUGGAAGAUUUGGUGCUGAUACCAGUUCACACAAAGCCAGAUGAUGCAGAGAAGGAAAUUGACGAACUGUGUGAUGUGUUUAAAGCUGUCAAGAAGAAAUGGGGCACUAAAAACAUUAUGAUUUUGGGGGACUUCAACGCAGAUGGCACAUAUCUGUCUGAGGCAGCCAAGAAAAGAACCAGAAUCUGGGGGAGGAACUUCCAUUGGUUGAUCAAGGACGGUGUGGACACCACAGCCAGCAACAACAAUAAACAUACUUACGAUCGGAUUGUGGUAUAUGGAGACGAAAUGCUGAAUUCUGUUGUUCAGGACUCUGCGAAAUCAUUCAACUUCCAGAAGGCCUACGAACUGACAGAUGAGGAUGUAAACAAGAAUCAUUUGAACUGAUAUUUAAUCACACUUACC